CUCUCGGUAUCACUGCAGAGCUGAGCUGCAGGGGCAGCAGAGCCAGAGAGAAGAGAGAGCUCCAACUCCCGACCAGUAAGACAGACAGACAAGGCAAGGCAAGCAGGCAGGCAGGCAGACACACAGCCGGACCAUCAUGGACUGGAUGAGCGCAGAGAAACCAGUAUCCGGAUGAGACAGGACGCCGUGGCUUCUGUUAAAAGGGGGGGGGGGGGCUCUGCUGUAUUUCUGCGUGGAAUAACCGACAACCCUUUGGGAGAUUUAACCCCGUGAUACCCGUGAUGGAAUACCCACACUCUUCUCAUUCCCUAAUUUUACUCCUCUUCUUCUCAUCCUCCUCCUCCUCUUCCUUCUUCACUUUCAUCACCUCCACCUCUUAUUCUCCUCCAUCCUCUCACAUUUUGACACGCUGCUGAAGAUGCGCACGAAUGCGUCUUUUGCGCACUUGCAUUGCGACCGCCACUGAAAAGCGCCUGUGAUUUUUGUUUAGGAUUUUUCCCCCCCCGUUGUUCCAAGAAGACAAGAGAAGGGAGGACGAUAGGUUGGAUACCUGAGCGAAAGGCAAGGUGUGAAUUGAAUCCAACUCGGCGGUGCUGGUUUCGUGUUUCUCGCCUAUAGGGCCCGGAUGUACCGAGGGAUGCACCGGUGCGUUUUUCCAACCGGUUCCGCCGAAAGCUCCCUCUUUUUUCUCGCCUUCACCUCCAUCAUGGGAAUUAGGUAAUAUUCACUCCAUCCAAAGAGACUCCCAUAAACACAAACAACGGGAAUACCCCCCCAGAAACUGUCCGUGUCAGACAGUUGGUUCGUAUCCCCCCUCCCCACCCCUUUCCUCACCCCCUUUUUCUUCUUUGAUUUCUUUAUUUUUGGGGGGCUUGUUAUUUUCCCCUCCCUUUCCAUUCACCUAUAAGGAUAACGCCGGACUACAUUUAUGGUAAAUGAAAGCAAAAACAUGUACAUCCCGGAGGACACCCUUGAGAACCAUCAAGGCUCCGACUACUCUCCCCCUCCCCUUCCUCGGCCUCCUCCAGUUGGCUUGACGAACGAGCACAGAGGAGGCGGUAACCAUGGCGACCACAGCGGCGGGGGAGGAGGGGUCAACCGUGGGGUGGGUGUGGUUGGCCUUGCACCGGAGCACAUUCCCACCCCGGGAGCAGCCCUGAGCUGGCAAGCGGCCAUUGACGCCGCGCGGCAGGCGAAGAUGAUGGGCAAUGCUGCGUCAGGCGGAGGGGCGGGGCUUGGGUCGGGUGGGGGCGGCCCCAUUUCCACAGCCAGCUCCACGCAAAGGAAGAGACAACACUACGCUUCUAAACCCAAGAAACAAACCACAACGACAGCCACAAGGCCGCCGCGGGCCCUGCUUUGUCUCACACUCAAGAACCCCAUCCGCCGGGCGUGCAUCAGCAUCGUGGAGUGGAAACCAUUUGAGAUCAUCAUCCUGAUGACCAUCUUUGCUAAUUGUGUGGCCUUAGCCGUCUACAUCCCCUUCCCUGAGGAUGACUCGAAUGCCACCAACUCCAACCUGGAGCGCGUGGAGUACCUGUUCCUUAUCAUUUUUACUGUGGAGGCGUUCCUCAAGGUAAUAGCUUACGGCCUGCUCUUCCACCCCAACGCCUACCUGAGGAACGGCUGGAAUCUGCUCGACUUCAUCAUUGUAGUAGUAGGGUUAUUCAGUGCGAUUUUGGAGCAGGCCACAAAGGGAGAUGGAGCCACUCCGAUUGGAGGGAAGGCGGCAGGCUUCGAUGUCAAGGCUCUGCGGGCAUUCAGAGUACUAAGACCGCUCAGACUGGUCUCUGGAGUACCCAGUUUACAAGUCGUGUUGAACUCCAUAAUCAAAGCCAUGGUUCCUCUGCUCCACAUCGCCCUCCUGGUUCUCUUCGUCAUCAUCAUCUAUGCCAUCAUCGGCCUGGAGCUCUUCAUGGGCAAGAUGCACAAGACCUGCAUUUACAGUCAUUCAGGUACAAAUGCAGAGGAAAAACCAGCACCAUGUGCACCUGACGGCGCUUACGGUCGGCACUGCAUGCAGAACGGAACGAAGUGCCAAGUGGGUUGGGAAGGCCCAAAUGAUGGAAUCACCAACUUUGACAACUUUGCCUUUGCCAUGCUGACAGUGUUCCAGUGCAUAACCAUGGAAGGCUGGACGGACGUGUUGUACUGGAUGCAGGAUGCUAUGGGCUAUGAGCUGCCAUGGGUCUAUUUUGUCUCUCUUGUCAUCUUUGGCUCAUUUUUCGUUCUCAACCUCGUUCUGGGUGUGUUGAGCGGAGAGUUUUCCAAGGAAAGAGAGAAGGCCAAGGCACGUGGCGACUUCCAGAAACUACGAGAAAAACAGCAACUGGAGGAGGACCUUAAGGGCUAUUUAGACUGGAUCACUCAGGCUGAAGACAUCGACCCAGAGAAUGAAGAGGAGGGCUUGGACGAUGACAAACCCAGAAACUUGAGCAUGCCAGCCAGUGAAAACGAAUCAGUCAACACAGAUAACGCUCCCGGGGGAGAUGUGGAGGGGGAGACCUGCUGCACCAGACUGGCAAUUAGGAUCUCCAAAUCCAAGUUCAGUCGCUACUCUCGGAGGUGGAACAGGUUGUGUAGGCGAAAGUGUCGAGCAGCAGUCAAGUCCCAGGUUUUCUAUUGGCUGGUCAUCUUCCUGGUUUUUCUCAACACGCUGACCAUCGCCUCUGAACAUCACAAGCAGCCUCAGUGGCUAACAGACGUGCAAGAUAUAGCAAAUAAAGUAUUACUAGCGCUCUUCACUGGUGAGAUGCUCCUAAAGAUGUACAGUCUUGGUCUACAGGCGUACUUCGUGUCGCUCUUCAACAGGUUCGACAGCUUCGUCGUGUGUGGAGGAAUACUAGAGACCAUUCUAGUUGAAACAAAGAUCAUGUCUCCUCUUGGCAUCUCAGUGUUACGUUGCGUACGCCUGUUGAGAAUAUUUAAAAUAACAAGAUACUGGAACUCUCUCUCCAACCUCGUGGCCUCCCUACUCAACUCCGUUCGUUCCAUUGCCUCCCUGCUACUCCUGCUCUUCCUCUUCAUUAUCAUUUUCUCCCUGCUGGGCAUGCAGCUCUUUGGGGGGAAAUUCAACUUUGACGACACCAGACGGAGCACCUUUGACAACUUUCCCCAGUCUCUGCUCACUGUGUUCCAGAUUCUAACAGGAGAAGACUGGAACUCUGUUAUGUAUGACGGCAUCAUGGCGUACGGAGGCCCGUCUUUUCCUGGCAUGCUGGUCUGCAUCUACUUUAUCAUCCUCUUCAUCUGCGGAAACUACAUCCUACUGAAUGUCUUCUUGGCCAUCGCUGUCGACAAUCUAGCAGAUGCUGAGAGUCUGACAUCGGCUCAGAAAGAAGAGGAGGAGGCGAAGGAGAGGAAAAAACUGGCCAGGCUUGCCAGUCCAGAGAAGCGUCAGGAUAACGAGAAGCCACCGAUAGAGGAAAAGAAGUGUGAGAAGAUUGAGCUGAAAUCCAUCACUUCUGAUGGAGAAACCAACACUGCAACUAAGAUCAAUAUGGAUGACUGCUGUGGAGAUGAAAAUGAAGAGAAAAACCCAUAUCCUGUGAAUGAUUACAUAGGAGAUGAGGAUGAGGAGGAGCCAGAAUUGCCAGUGGGCCCGAGGCCGCGGCCGCUCUCUGACAUUCAGCUGAAAGAGAAGGCCGUUCCCAUGCCCGAGGCCCGCGCCUUCUUCAUCUUCAGCCACACCAACAAAUUCAGGGUUCUGUGCCACAAGAUUGUCAACCACAACAUCUUCACCAAUCUCAUCCUAUUCUUCAUCCUGCUCAGCAGCAUCAGUCUGGCGGCAGAGGAUCCAGUCAAGAACGACUCUUUCAGAAAUCAGAUCUUGGGCUAUGCAGAUCACGUCUUCACUGGACUCUUCACCAUUGAGAUCAUUCUUAAGAUGACAGCCUAUGGAGCCUUCCUCCAUAAAGGUUCAUUCUGUAGAAAUUAUUUCAACAUUCUGGACUUAGUAGUGGUCAGCGUUUCUCUCAUCUCUUCUGGAAUACAAUGGAUAGAGUACUUCUUAUCUUCAGGUGGUUGGUCCAGUGCAAUUAAUGUUGUAAAGAUCCUGAGAGUCCUGCGAGUGCUGAGACCGCUGAGAGCCAUCAACAGAGCCAAAGGACUAAAGCAUGUCGUGCAGUGUGUUUUUGUGGCCAUCAGAACCAUCGGCAACAUCGUCAUCGUCACUACAUUGCUCCAGUUUAUGUUUGCCUGUAUUGGAGUGCAACUAUUCAAGGGAAAGUUCUUCUACUGUAGUGACAGCUCCAAACAGACUCAGGCAGAGUGCAGAGGUUUCUACAUCAUGUAUAAGGAUGGGGAUGUGGGGAAACCAGAAAAAGCCCAGAGAAUCUGGGAAAACAGCGACUUCAACUUUGAUGAUGUCCUGCAGGGAAUGAUGGCUUUGUUUGCUGUGUCUACGUUUGAGGGCUGGCCCGGGUUGCUGUACCGAGCCAUAGACUCUCACGCUGAAGAUGUCGGUCCAAUCUACAACUACCGCGUGGUCAUUUCGAUCUUCUUCAUCAUCUACAUCAUUAUCAUCGCCUUUUUCAUGAUGAACAUUUUCGUCGGUUUCGUCAUCGUCACAUUUCAGGAGCAAGGAGAGCAGGAGUAUAAGAACUGUGAGCUGGACAAGAACCAGCGUCAGUGUGUGGAAUACGCCCUGAAGGCUCGCCCUCUGCGUCGCUACAUCCCCAAGAACCCUUACCAGUACAAGGUGUGGUAUGUGGUCAACUCUACCUACUUCGAGUACCUGAUGUUCACUCUCAUCCUCCUCAACACCAUCUGUCUGGCCAUGCAGCACCAUGGACAGACCAAAAAUUUCAAUGAUGCAAUGAACAUCCUCAACAUGCUCUUCACAGGACUGUUCACAGUAGAGAUGAUCCUAAAAUUAAUCGCCUUCAAGCCCAGGGGGUACUUUAGUGAUCCCUGGAAUGUGUUUGAUUUCCUCAUCGUAAUUGGCAGCAUAAUAGACGUCAUUCUCAGUGAGAUCAACCCAGCUGACUCGUCCUCGUCCUCCUCCUCCUCCUCUUCGUCCUCCUCUUCCUCUUCUUCCUCCUCUCACCCCCAUGUGGUAAGGCCAAUGGGACUUCAGAAUUCUGAAGAGAACGCCAGGAUCUCCAUCACCUUCUUCCGGCUGUUCCGCGUGAUGAGGCUGGUGAAGCUGCUAUCUCGCGGGGAAGGGAUUCGGACCCUGCUGUGGACCUUCAUCAAAUCUUUCCAAGCUCUGCCUUAUGUAGCUCUGCUAAUAGUGAUGCUCUUCUUCAUAUACGCCGUCAUCGGUAUGCAGAUGUUUGGUAAGAUAGCGCUGCGGGACAACACGCAAAUCAACAGGAACAACAAUUUCCAGACGUUCCCUCAGGCAGUGCUGCUGCUCUUCAGAUGUGCAACUGGUGAGGCGUGGCAAGAAAUCAUGCUGGCGUGUUCGCCCAAACACCCAUGCGAGAAAGGGUCGACCAAUGAAAACAGCACAACCCAUGACGAUUGUGGCAGCCAGUUUGCCAUCAUUUACUUUGUCAGCUUCUACAUGCUGUGUGCCUUUCUGAUCAUCAACCUUUUUGUGGCCGUAAUAAUGGACAACUUUGACUAUCUGACACGUGACUGGUCAAUUUUGGGGCCUCAUCAUCUUGAUGAGUUUAAGAGAAUCUGGGCCGAAUACGACCCAGAGGCCAAGGGGAGGAUAAAACACCUUGACGUGGUCACCUUGCUCCGGAGAAUUCAGCCUCCCCUCGGUUUUGGAAAGCUCUGUCCACACCGGGUGGCAUGCAAGCGCCUGGUAUCGAUGAAUAUGCCUCUGAACAGCGAUGGAACGGUUAUGUUCAAUGCCACACUGUUUGCUUUGGUCAGAACUGCACUCAGGAUCAAGACAGAAGGUAAUCUGGAGCAGGCUAACGAGGAGCUAAGAGCAAUUGUGAAAAAGAUCUGGAAGAGAACUAGCAUGAAGCUGUUGGAUCAAGUAGUGCCCCCUGCUGGUGAUGAUGAAGUAACAGUUGGAAAGUUCUACGCCACCUUCCUCAUUCAAGAAUAUUUCCGCAAGUUUAAGAAGAGAAAAGAACAAGGCCUGGUGGCCAAGGUGCCUCCCAAAACUGCCCUUUCUCUGCAGGCGGGCCUGCGGACGCUUCAUGACAUCGGUCCAGAGAUCAGAAGGGCCAUCUCUGGAGACUUGAACGUGGAGGAGGAGAUAGAUAAAGGCAUGAAGGAAUCCGUGUCAGCUGCAUCUGAGGACGAUAUCUUCAGGGUAAAGCGAACAGGUGGCUUGUUUGGCAACCACGUCAACUACUACAACCAGACUGAUGGCCGUGGGUCCUUUCCGCAGUCCUUCACCACUCAACGUCCCUUGCACAUAAGUCAGAAAGGCUCUCCGUGCGAAGGGGAAAGCCCAUCACACGAGAAGCUUAUGGACUCGACCAUGUUCACCCCUUCGUCAUACUCCUCAUCAGGUUCAAACGCCAACAUCAACAACGCCAAUAACACUGGAAUGACUGGAGUGACGACCCAGGGCGUCAGUCGAUUCCCAAGUCCGUCCAUAAGCACGGUGGAUGGGCACACAGGCCAGCCCCUCACACCCAUCCUACUACCUAGAUCAGCAUGGUGUUUCCCUCCAAAAAGGAUGUUUUAUGACACCCUCAUGCGCUCGGACUCGAGUGACAGUCGUCUGCCAAUCAUCCAGAGAGGGGAGGGGUCAACAGAGGAGACGUACGAUGAGAGUUAUGGUGACGACAGGGUGUACGAGGACGAUGAGCACUCACUUUCUUCUGACAUGUUGGUGUAUCAUGAUGAAACAUGUAAACAGCUCACUCCUAUGGAGGAAGCAGAAGAAGUAGAGGAGCAAAAAGGAGGAGGAGGUUGGCAGUCUCCACGAAGAGUCUUCUUCUGUCCAACUACCCUGGCACGGAGAUCUUCCUUCCAUCUGGAGUGUCUCCGGAGGCAGACAAGGCCAGAUGUCUCGCAGAAGACUGCUGUACCUUUACAUCUUGUACAUCACCAGGCUCUUGCAGUGGCAGGUUUGAGUCCCCUUUUGAGAAGGAGUCACUCACCUACCCUCUUCAGCCGACUGUGUUCCACGCCUGCAGCUAACCCCACAGACCAAUGCAGUGAUGCCUCCUACCAGCGAGUUCCUUCUCUAAGACUAGAGGGCUCCAACUCUCAUGAAAAGCUCAAUACCAGCCUGCCUUCUGUAAAUUGUGGGCCCUGGUACAACGACAGUAAUGGGAAUAGCCCAGUGGACAGUCCUAGCCCUACGCCGGCGUCCAGUCAAAGGGCACCGCGGCCAGUGUCACUCACUGUACCAUCGCUUUUGGGGAAGGACCCCAGCUCGCUGUCUCAUGGCAGUGCAGGCAGUCUAGUGGAAGCGGUUCUUAUAUCAGAAGGUUUGGGUCAUUUUGCCCAGGACCCUUCUUUCAUUGAGGCAACCAAAGCCGAGUUAGCUGAUGCCUGUGACAUGACCAUUGAGGAGAUGGAGCAGGCAGCCAGCAACAUUCUCAACGGCAACACCGCCACAAACCCCACAUCAAGCGCCUCUUCCACCUCUCAGCACAGCCCUAACGGCAGCCUCCCCUGCCACAAUGCAGCGGCAGCAGCUGCAACGCACAGGGACCGAGACGCCGGCCUGAGUCCCGACGAUGCGGGGGCAGAGGCUGGAGGGGGCAGGGGCUACAUCCACGGUCCAUCCUCUAUAGAGGAGCGACAGGAACUGCUAGCUAGAGGGGGAGGGCGAGAAGAGGAGGAGGAAGAGGCAAAUGUGAGGGAAGAGAGGCCCCACAGAAGUUCAGCUGUGGUCGCAGGAGCACGGCAGAAGAACAGCAGGCUUUUGGAGGAUGAGGAUUUGGAGUGUGUGACGAGCUUGUAGGUGCCACCUCGGCAGCUUUGAUCAGCAAACUGGCCCAUCAGAGGCUGAGGUUUGUCAGUGAUGGCAAACAGUGCGGCGGCUGGCUGGCUCACUCUGUCACUCUGGACAAUGGCGGCCAGCGAUGCACCUUUAACACAACAAGACUUUUGUCGGGUUUAAUUGAGUUAGUAUGUGUGUCUGCAGUAAAGUAUAUCAGACUAUAUACUAUCUGAGUGUGUGCUUCUGUGUGUCUGUGUGUGUGUUUUUCUCUAUUUGUACUCGUAUGUGUGUGUUCACCACACGUGUCAGAGUGUGGCUCUAAAGUGCCUCACAGUUUUAUCAUGUCCUCAACCUGGAAUGAGCAGGAAAAUGGAGACAAGCAAAAAAAAGACAAAGGACUGUCUGAAUGGAAGAAAGAUCAAACAAAGAAGCAGGAAGUCCUUUUAUGGACUUUAUGUUAAUGUUUUCAUUUCCUAUGCCUAAUUUAGUGGUGUGUUAUUGUUGUCUGACUGGCCGCCAUGACGCCAGGUAGAGGACAAGAGACCAGCUCAUGGAGGGUCACUUGAAGAUUACCAUCUGACCACAGCCCCACCUGUGGUUAAAGGUCAACUCGUUCUUCGUUCAACGAUGAAGCGCUGUAUUGUGUAAAAUGGGGACAAGAAUGCCCCAUUUAAAUCUCGUUUCUCCUCCUCUUCCAAAGCUACAGGAACCUGGAGCACAGUCCUGCCAGCCCGAGAGUGGAUUUAGGGGGACACGCUGCCCCCAGCCAGGUGUGGGAGGGAGGAUUGGAGGGAUGAUUUAGCAGCCACAACAGGGCUGUAACAGGAAGGGGGAAUCUUCCUGGCCAACAGGGAGAUAGCUGGCUCUUUUUUCUCAGCUGGUUUUCUCAACUGGACUCCAGCAUGAGACCAACUCACCUCGACGUAGCUCCACCACAUCCACCCUUUCCUUGUUUGACUCCACCAAACAGGAAACUAGAGGAGCAACUGGUGGAUAAGCAGAGACAGAAAGCCCCCCAAACCCCCUUCUCUGCCUCAUACCUCACUGUUCCUCACUCCUUUCUCUAUCCUAUCCUUCCUCCCUCUCCUUUGCUGUCUUACAACCACUCACCCCUUAUAGCUGGAUUUGUGUGCUUUUUUCAGCACUUGAGGAGGCGAGUGUUUGUCAUGCAGGGCUACCCAGAUGGUAAAGUGGAGGGAAGAAUGGGAGUGACCAAUUGAAAGGAAGAAAUAAAAAGAACACUCUGGUCAAGGGGUGGGGUGUUCCGCAGCAGAAAUGCCGUCAAUCAACCUCACUUCCUUCUCUGGGGCACCUCCUCUUCCUGUCAGCUUGGAUUCCUGUCGGAUUUGCUGCCACACACUCUUUCUACAGACCGUGCCCACUAUGUAUUUAACAGUUCAAUAUUGUGCAAAACUGGCUAGCCAUGACAAUAUUUUGUUUUAUAUUCAUGACGUAAUUGUUUUAAUUUAUCUUUGAUUUGUUUGCACAAUCGGGGUGCUGGUCUUACAAAUGUAUUUUUGCUCGGUUUAUUUUUAGGAAAAAUUUUUAGAGGUUUUAAGUAUCGAAGCAGGGCGUAGUGUGUGCGGGCGAGUGUACCUAUAAAUGUAUGUGCAUAUGCGUGUCUGCAUUUUAGUACAACUUAUGAGUGUGUGAGAUGGAGUGUGUGUGUGGGAGGGUCUUUCUCUCUAUCUGUAUGCACCUUUUACAGAUUCUAUUUAUUUAUUUAUUUUUUCCAGAAGAGAAAAUCUGUGGGAAUGUGGGUGUGUGUGUGGUUUCUUGUGUACUAUAAAAAGCUGAUUUUAAGCCUAUACAGUAAAUUAAGGUAGCAUUACAAGUAUGUUAUGUGUGUGAGGGUGUGUCUGUGUAGAAAUGGGCCUCCUUAACACAGGGUUAACAUGGACAGGCAUACUUCCAAAGCUUUGUGGUUACUUUAGCACGGUUUUUACUUUUCUUAGCCAAGUGGCAGAGAGAAAAGUGUCAUUUUGAACUCUAGUCAUUGCAUAGCUUUUCUUUACUCCCCCAUUUGGAUAUAGGCGGGGAUGAAGCAGAUAAAACUGCUGAUCAGGAAGUGUAUAGUAUUUGACCAGAGGUUAGGAAGCCUUUCACAUAGGGAUGUCUUAAUCAGAAGUAUUUGCCUCCAGUAAACAAUUCAAACAAUACAAAAAUGUUGGCAUUUUGCCAAUACAGAAUGAAAGCUCAAAAGUUCAUCAAGAUUGAUACCAUGUAUAUGCCUGAAAACCAAUAUGAAUAUUUUCAAAUUGGCACUUUAUUGCAAUCGUCUUGAAUAAAUCAUUAAUUAACUAUGAUAAAUUGCCUUUUUCAGUGCUAUUUUCCCAGCACAAUAACAUUUAAAAAUCACUUAAAUGGAACUUGUGAUGACACAAAGUAGGCUAAAACAUGUCCAAGUCUAAAAAAAAAAAAAUCAAGAACAGAAGAGAAACAAAGUCAGUGAUAUCUCAAUACAGCCUAGAGAGGGUUACAGUAAUUUCCCUACUCCAGCAAACCACCGGGGGCCACAUAAUCCACAAACACAGAAAACACAGAACAGGGAUAAAUCUUCCCAGGAGUGGCAAAAGAAAUUAUCAUUUGAAAACUGCAUUUUGUAUUCACUCAGGUAAUCUUUUUUACUGAUAUUAAAAAAUCUUUGGUUAUCUGAGAUAUUUAGGUUUAUUUAGGCAAAUAGCCAAAAGCAGAAUAAAUCUCAAAGAAAACAAAUACUUGUCAAAACCCUGUCUUGUAUCAAUUUGAAAACGGGAGAAAUCCAUUAUCAAUUAUUAAUUCACCUAUGAUUCAGUAUUUUAGGGGAUGUGUGGCAACUUUAUACACCAAUAACACUCUGGACAUAACGUUAGAUAUUUUCUCACUAAAGCAGUUUCUGCAGGACCAUCCUAUGUUUAACAUAUAUCUGACUUGGCACAUAUAGAUAGCUUUCAAUAAGCUCACAUGUUGCUAACGCUUAUGUUUUCAUGCAGAGUAGUUUGCUGUAGUGCUAAGCAAAUGCUCGCAGGUUUACUCUCUGUUUUGUUAAAAGUUGUUUAUAAUAUGGCUCGUAGAAUAUUCCAGUAUGGUUCCAGCUCAUCAUCUUUGAACAUAACUUGCAUAAGAAGUUGUUCCUCUGCUUAGAACACCUAAAAUCUACCACUAUUUUUGGUCUCAGGAGUUGAGUUCAGUGUUCAGACUCGGGACAUCCCUAAUUACUACAGUUGCAAUUGUCCUUAUUCAUAACGACAGAAAAGUUUGAAUUUAUACUGCCACAGUGACACAUCCAUGAUUAAUUAGGGCUGUUGUCCAGUUGCUGCAAGGCUUUUAAUAAAACCUCUUUGAGACUCCUAUCACAAAAAUAUUUUAUUCCCAACACACAAUCGAGAAACAUGGAUUUUCAGAGUGAUUUCAUCCACUGGUUACAUUGGUUGCUGGAUAAAUUGUAAUACAACCUAAAGUCAUUUGUCAUGUACAAUUGUGCAUCAGGAAAAAUUAUUUGGUCGCCUUGAAGGGAGAACGGCUAUAAGAUUUGUUUGUCUCCAACUAAAUAGCAGGUUAUUUCUUUUAUAAUAAAUUCACAUUUAUUACUUAAUUAUAAAGUGGAUCUACUUGAGACAAGGUCAUAGCAUGUUUUGAUCUGAGAUGCAGCUUUUUGAGGAACUUUUGAGUAUUUUUUUAAACAAACAAUUUAGAUAAGCAUCUUAAUGCAAAGAGAAUUAAGUAAAAUUGCUAAAAUUUAACUCAGAUGUAAAUACAUCAAAAUAUUUGAUUGAAACAGCUAAAGCUGAACCAAAGUCGUAUAUAUUUUUAAGCCAUUACUGACAACUGUAAUUUUAACUAAAUUCCAACAUGUUGGAAAAGUUUUUGUCAUCCGAUGUCCCUUUUAUAUAAAUAAAACUGAAAUAAAUUACAGCUCUCACCAAAACACCAUCAUAUAUCAACAUAGGCCCAAAAGAUUUUUUUUUCUUGGAUUUCCCAUCACUGUCAUGCUCUACAUGUGAAACAAAGCAGGUUUGUGGCAGCGGAGAGUAUGCAUAAACACACUGCCAUACACUGCAUCCUGUGCCAGUAACAGACUUCUGUCAUUAUUAUGCAAUCUAAAUGUGAAUGUUGAGUGGGUUUAUAGCUGCAGUGCUGUUACCGUCUUGUGUUUUUGAUCAUACCCUGAAGUCUGGGUCCUCACCUUCCCAAACUUCCAUAGGAGCCUGCGGCUUCAUUAAGAUGACCUUAGCAUUUCUUACAGUUAAUCUGAACCCAUCUGGAAACCCAAACUGAAAGUCCAUUUCUGGGCCAUUUGCUCAUUUAUGUUUUAAGCUGUUUCAACUGAAUGUCUAAGGUGGAGAGAUAUGGUUUGUUUGAACCCUGAGCAGCAUUUAAAUUCAGAUAAAAUAAGCACUGUAUCAUUGUGUCUUGGUUUCUGUUUUUUGUUGUUGAAAUAGUUUGGAAGACGCUACUCUUAAAUAUUUAUACUCAUCUACUGACAGAUAUGGGGACUGUCUCAAUGACAGAUGUUAUAUAUACUGUAAUUUAUUUAUGGUGAAAAAUGUUCACUUCUUUUGUCCUGACAUAUGCACAAAGCAGUAUGCGCAUAUCGAAGUGCCCCACCAGACUUGCUUUGUGUCUUUCUUUUGCCAGUGUGAGAGAUUCAGAGCCUUGUGGCGUCCCCGUGUGAAGUCAAGCAGCAUUGCCGUUAGCAUGACCGUUGAGGUGUUGUGUUGCAGUACAAGAUAUGCAAAAACAAUGCAAUAACAAUGACUGUGUACAAAGUUCCUGAAGUAAACGUGUGUUAAAGUCUACAAAAGAAAUCGAAAAUCUGCUUCAAGAUGUGUCAUUUUCUCAUUAACUCAGUGGUUUCCACAUUACAAAAAACCUAAAAUACUUGAAAUCAGAUACAUUACAGUGCAGUAUAGUUAAGUUGUAUUUAUCUGUCUUUUGUCGCACUAGAGUUUUGGUUGAAUCUGACCUGCAACCAGUGUUUUUCUUGCUGCUGAAUAACAAUCUAGUUACAGCCGAGUCACAGUGAAAAAAUAUUCUUUGUUUUUCGAUAAGCAGAAAAACGCAGCUCGCUUUAUUGUUCCUGUCUCGACCCCUUUCUGGAUUUGUCUGUUUUGCUUUUUAGGUGUAUUUCUGAAUGAGUUAAACUCUUUUCUUCAGAUUCAUCGGCAUCGAAUGAAGUCUGCAUGUUGAUUAGUUGUUUCAUACUCAUUACGCAUCAUAUCACCUUGACAAACAGUAGCGUUUUCUACCUAUAGUGCACAUUACAACAUUGGACUUGUGGCAGAGAGAUGUCUGGAAGAUGAUUUUGCAUAUCUUGUGUCUUAUAGGGCUUGUUUUAUACUUUCUGAUAUCCUGAGGUACCGAAAGAUACUAAAACAUUAGUACGCAGAAUACAUUAGCUCCCAAGCCUAAACAGGCGUUUCUAACACGAGUUUAAUUUUGCUUGUCUUUAAUAAUUUGCUCUGCAGACCUACAGAAGAUGAACUGUUUCUAGUAAAAGGACCAAAAAGUUCAUAUUUUCUUCAUAAAAGUAUUUUUUACCAGGCCAACCGUAAUUAUGUUAAGUGGCAAAAAUUUUAUGAAUACUACACAUAUUAAUCAAAAGCAUUGUAAUUUGUUUCUGUUUUCUGUGCUGGUUCCAUCCACUAAAUGAAAACUAUGGAUCAGUUACAUUGCUAAACCGGUUCCUACUCCUGCGUUUCAUGAAUCCCUGUUGUCUUUAUGUACAUUUGGAGUAGCAGUGUGUCAGACUGAUUUACUCAGUCCAUACUUUGAUGAAAAUUACUCCCUCUGCAGGUCAAAGUGAAAUAAUAUACUGAAGUGAAAGCAAAGAUUGAUAAAUGCUUGCUUUUCCCCCUAUCCCACUUUUGACAGAAUCAUGACAAUCUGGCGAUUGAUGACAAUGGGAAGGCUAUUUUGGAAAGUAUUUGAGGGAAUGAUAUUUGGAACUUUUUGGGUGGCUUAAGUUCUUACAUGGUGGAUUAUAUAAAAAAAUAACGUUCACAUGCAUGAGGCUCUCUCUUUAGAGGUAUAAAGUAUUGGUCUUAUAUAGCGGAUUAUAUCUUUUGUCUCACCACUAGCUAAAGAUUGUAUAUUUUUAUAUACUAUAUAUAGCAAAAAUGUAUACAAAUAUAAAUAUUUAAUCACAAGAAUGUCAAAAUAAGGAGCAGGAAGGGGACCUAUAUGAGAAUGUAUCUGGGUUGGAUGCCUUAUUAGGGCCUAAUUAUAGGUGGCACUCCCAAUACAUUGACUGUGUUUGUAGCCAAGAGUAAAACAAGAAAUAAUAUGGUUUUCUGAAGAAAAAUAUAACAUUGUUCAUUGUUGCACAUGAGAAGCUUGCCAAGAGAAACAAAAUUGUUCGCAACAUUUCUGGAAAUUUUUUAAAAAUAUUGCUUAUUGGAAGGUUUUCAUGGGAAUUGAUGCUAAUAAACAGGAAAUUAGGGACAUAAGUAAAAGUAUUUUCCAUAGUAGACGACAUAAAACAUAUGUUAGUUAAACAAUAAUACUUUACCUUAAAUUUAUACAAAAAUACAAUCAAAAUUUUAAGUAGUACAAGGAAUCAAAUGUAUGGCUUUAAUCUUCUGGUGCUCUGGGGUCAAACAUGUGACCUUAAUUCAGUUCAAAUCAAUUAUCCAUAAUGGCCCAGGUUUUUUCCAACCUAAUUUUCUUGUUAAAAGGCAAACAUUGUAGUUUUUUAAACUUUACAUUCACUCCUACAAAUUCCUGUUAAUUUCCAUGGAGUUUCCAACUUGGAAAAUUCCUGAAAUUUUGCAACUACUUUUGUGUAAUUUAUAUACAAAGUAAUCUGAGGAUGUUGGUAACCAUUUCAAUCAUUCUGCUGCAUUUCGGAUUUUUCAGUCCUACAAAUACAGCAAAAUUAUUGGGUUAGAAAAAGACUAAGUGAAAACAGUGGAGGUCUGAUCACCAUUAGCGUUUCAACUUCGGUAAAAAAAAAAAGGUGGCCCUUUGUUUAAAUGUUAAACAUCACGGUAUUCACGGACCUGAAAUCUAACAUGCUUUUGCUUGCAUUUGUCUUCGACACAUCAACCUACCAGCAGCCUGUCAACACAGGUCAAGGUCUGCUCAUAAACCCCAACUGUAGCACUGAGAGACGCGUUUCUCUGGAAGUAGUCCUACAUCAGCAAAACACGCAUUAUCCUAGCAACAAACCAAAAAAAUAAAUUAAAAAAAAAUCAACCUCUAAAGGACUAGAUUUCCAUAUAUUGUGAAUAAUCAUAAUUGUGUAGCUUCUCUGCUUAUCUUCCAAGAUGAAUUUGGAGGACUUGAACUACAUCUGUAUAGAUUUUUAUCUGCAUUUUUUGCAGGCUAGAACCGCAACAUACAUGUAGGUUAGCGCCUGGCUAGUCGAUUUUAGCUUCACACCAAUAUGAUGCUACUGCUGCUUUUUACACUACAGGUUCCAGACGUAGAAUCGGAAUAAAUUGUCUUAUGUUAAAGGUUUUAAAAGAAUAUUUCAUGUUUUUAAAGAACAUGUUGGGUUGAUCCUAAGAAUGAAGUUUGAGCAGAUUUUCUUUUAACUAAGGUGAUCUGAAUGUAGUUAUGUUUCUGUGACAGAAAGAUGUGAUGAGGGUUUGAAUAAUGAUAGAGGGAAGCUGCUGCAUAUUAUUUUGAACCACAUACAAUCUUAAAGUAUUAAGAGUUUUCCAUUUUUUGCAAGCAUGAGGCCAAGAGAGAAUUUUCCUCACAUUUCCUUAAUGUGGAUCUACCAUUGUUGCAACUGAAGUGCUUUAUAUUUUUCUUGUAAAUCAAAGUCUUUGUUGUUCAUGGUAAAAUCAUGACAAAAUAUUUUAAGAUUGCUAUUUUGAAUAGAGAUUUUAUUAUCUUUUCUAGGUAAAGUUAGCAUAGUCUGUUGAUGAAAAAAACUCUAAUUAAAAACACUGAUUCUUCUGUUUUUGGAGGCCAAAAAGAAACAUCUCUGUGUUUGCUAUACAGAUAUUAUUUUCAUAAAGCAGACAGAAAGAGGGCAGAAAGUAAAAUAUGGGAUAUAUUAAUAUAUAUAAGUGAUUUUAAUGAAACUGAUGUAUUUUAGAUAUUAAAAUUAUAGAAGGAUAUCAAAAUUACAAAAUGUAAAAUGACAGCUUGAUGCAGGAUGUUGCAUUCUGUUGUAUGAUUUUGAUGUUUAAAUAAUAAUAAUAAAAAAAAAACAUCAGGUUUUCAGUUCCCAUGUUGUGAGAGUUUUGGAAUUGUGCAGAUGCUGGAUUUUUUCUAUUUUUGACCUACAGGGCAGCAGUGUUCCUGGUUUUAUCAUCAACAAGAUGCUUCCAUUAAAUUGACACUAAUAAGUUUACGUUUUGCAAAGAUAUCUUGUUAUCGUUGUUGCUUGUGCAAAAAAAAAAAUGGAAUCUUAAUUAUGUGUUUAUUAAUAAAACAGAAGUACAGCUGAGAGCAGUGCAGGAUUCUGCAGAAACUGUAUUGGAAUGAUGUAUGGAAGGUAUGCAAGACUAACACAUAAAAACACUUAAUUUGCAAUCUGUAAGAUAUGCUUUGGUUUAUUGUUUUUGGGGUUUCUUUAUCUGUUUUGCCAGUGUGGUACUUCUUUACUGAGCAUAUCAGAGGUUGGUGGUGAUGAGCUGCCUGCAUCCUUUUUCUCUGGAGGCAACAGAAGAGAUUUGCUUAUACUGUAGGAUUUAAUCAGCAUGCAGAAUAACUAUGUAUAAAUCACUCAAUGUGUAGCAGCACAUACAUCAGCACCUUUAUGUCAACAGGAUGACAGUUUUAAUAGGUCGUUGAAAAGCCUUGUGCUUCUUCCUUUGAUUUGUUUGUAUUUUUUUAUGGUUAUGCAAAAAGAGUAAACCCCAAAAUUUUGGAGUCCCCACUAACGUGGCACAAACAUUGCUUCUUUUUUUUAAAAAAAAGGAAUUACACCCAAACCCUCUUUCAUUUAUAUUACUGAAUAAAAUACAAUGUAUGUAUAAUAGAAAUCGGUGUAUUCGACCCCACAGGCAUAUAGGAGCAGCUUUGCAAAGCAGCAGCAGUUCUCAUCCUCAUUAGAAUUGAAUGUUUCUGCUUGCAUUUUGUCUCUUACUGCUGAUUUUACACACAAGAGCUACUUUAUGUUGCACUAAAAAUUAUUUUAAAAAUCCACAAAAGUAUCCCUUGAAUGUAGGAGACAGUGAUGAUCUUACUGGAAAUGUUUAGGGUGAGACAAUGGAGUGAAAGAACAGUAUUUCAUAGCCAAUUAUCUUAGACCCCACAUGUCACUUAGGUCUCUGCAGGUUUCUCUUUUUAGAGCACAAAGAGUUAGGUACAUAUAGGCCUUGUGUGUCUAUGUGAUGCAACUUUAUCAGUGUUUUCAUCUAGUCGUCGUUAGCAGUAGGAGAUCCACAGCUCCAUAUAAGGUAAAGGUUAAGGAAAGCUCUUUUUCAUUCUUUCAUCACCCGAGUGAAUGCCUGAGGUGUGUGGGUCUGCUCUCCUGUCAUAAACAGUGUCUUAUGGUCCUAUUUGUGUCUUCAGUUGCUACUCAUGCAAAGUGUUAAAGGGCCAUUACUGAUACGACUGAGCAGUUUGUUUUUAUUCAUCUGAAAGAUGUUUCUCAUCGCUCUAUUUUCCUUCGGAAGCAGGUGAUCACACUGAGACCAAUUUGUUGUAAUGUUACUAAAGGCGCUACUGUUAAAUGUGAUAUUAACAGUACUAUUUAUGGUCUAAAUAAUGAAUUAGAGUAUGUUAUUGUGCUUGGUAGCUUUGGAGGCAGGUGGCCAUUUUUGUAGUUCUUAAACAUAAGCCACUCCCCCUCCACAGCAGGUGGGAUUUCAUUGAUACCAAGUUUGCAAAGUGACACUGGCCCAACAUAUUUUAGUUUCCUUACAUUGUCAUUUGGUCUCUUAGCGAUGACUGCAUGGUGUCUUAGUUUACACACCCUUAUUUUUCUUCUUCUCUUUCUUUUUUUCUAAAGAUAAAUUCUUUUUUUUUUAUUCUGUCAAUUUAAUUUAGGUAUUAGAAAGGGAAAGAAUACAAAUUAAAUAAAUCAGAAAAUUAAUUCAAUCACUUUUUCUACUCCUAUUUUCCAUAAAAAUUAAAGUAAAAAAAAAUACAUAAAAAAAAAUUAUUUGUAAAUAAGUUAUGUACAGUUUGUAUCUGUAACUUGUCAGUCUGUCAUUGGUGACAGAGUCUGUCUUGCUUAUAACGCACGCUACCAGUACAUAAAAAAGGAAAAAGUAUAUUUAGACUGUAUGGUCCCUUGAAGCAAGUUUUAAAUUAAUAUCUGAUGUAUAUUCCUGUAACAUUGCAUUUUUAUCUGAGGAAUGAUGUUAUUAAAAAAUUGCAAAUAAAUUGCAUUUCCUACA